AUGGGCAUGGGAGAAGUCAUGUUUUUAUACGGUAAAUCUACUUACAAAGAGUUGAUGGAUGAACGUUUCAAAGAAAAAGUUACAGAGACUAAGGCUCUCAAGGCUCUUACUUUGGAAAGGAUGGGAAAGCCUGAUGAAGCACUGAGUGUCUGUUUGGAAGCCAAGGAGCUAUUGUACUCAAAUAACAUUUUCCAUUUUGACGAUCUCACCCUUAGCACACUACAGAUAGUGUUUCAAAGGCUUGAGAGAUUGGACCUUGCAACUUCAUGCUAUGAGUAUGCUUGUACAAAAUACCCUAAUAACUUGGAAUUAAUGAUGGGACUCUUUAAUUGCUAUGUCAGAGAGUACUCAUAUGUGAAGCAACAACAGACAGCGCUUAGAAUGUACAAAACUGUAGGAGAAGAAAGGUUUUUGCUUUGGGCAGUCUGCAGUAUUCAACUGCAGGCAUAUUUUAGCAGCGGAGGUGAGAAAUUGUUAGCAUUUGCUGAAGCAUUGCUUAAAAAGCACAUAAGUUCACAUAGUUUACAUGAGCCAGAAGCACUUUCUCUCUAUGUUUCAAUUCUGGAACAACAGGCAAAGUAUGAUGCUGCUUUGGAAGUUCUAUCUGGAGACUUGGGGUCUCUUAUGGGAAGGGAGGAGGACAAGCUUCGUUUGCAGAGAGGUCGGGGUAGACCAAACUUGACAAUGGGAGGAUCUGAAGGACUGGAAUAUCACCAAAGAUUUAGCCAUGGACAGGGGAGCCUUGGCACAGUGGUAAAGCUGCUGCCUUGUGACCAUGAGGUCACAGGUUCAAGUCCUGGAAACAGCCUCUUACAGAAAUGCUGUCUGCUGGAGCGUGACGUGAAGCUGCCUAAACCAACCACUGGCGAACAUACUUGUUCUUCCUGCUCUGUAGAUUCGAACAAGACUUCUCUCAGUGAGGAGGUGGUUGAAUCUCGCCUUGCAAGUGCAUUGUUAUUUGUGCAAAAGCUACAAAAAAAUGACUCCAGUGACUCUGUUAGAGGUCCUCAUCUAGCCAAUAUUGAAAUUGAACGGCAACACUGCCUCAGUGGAAACUCAACAAAGUUUAUGGAAGCUUUGGUAAACUAUUUCCACAGAUUUGGUCACUUGUCUUGCUCAUCGUCAGAUGUUGAAAUAUACCUCCACAUGCUAUCGGGUGAUGAAAUAACGGAGUUGCUAGAUACAAUUUCCAGAUCUUUUGAUGCAUCAUCCGUUUCAGUCAAAGCAUUGGGUUUGACAAUAACUACUUUUAAGGUUCAAGAACUUUUGGGAACUUUAUUAUCAAAGUCAACUACAGAUCUUCAGCGCAUUGCAAAAGGAAUGGUCGAGACAUUUUACAAAAACUUGCCUCUCUCAAGAGACUUAGAUCCUCAGGAAAGCAUGCAUGGAGAAGAACUGCUGUCUAUGGCUAGCAAUAUUCUUGUGCAGGUAAAGGCAAAACAUUAUUUCUUCUCCUUAAUAGCCUUCUGGACAUCAUCGUUCCACCACCAGCCACCUUACGAAUGCAAGUCGCCAUCUUCAUCCACAUAUUGGCUGCAUCACUUCUUCCUCCCAAAGGCCCUCCUUAAUGACCCUCUCGAACGCCUGAGCCACCUCACCCUUGAGCUUCCACCACUUCGUUCUAGUGACUUUGGCAUGCUUAUCCCACUGGACAUGAAUCUGGAAGCAAAACUUUUUUGGCGUACAAGGAACUUGGGGUACUUACUUGAAGCAGUUUUGGUGCUAGAGUUUGGAUUGACUGUUCGCAAGCAUGUCUGGCAAUACAAGAUUACUCUGGUGCAUCUGUACUCUUACUUGGGAGCUCUUCCGUUGGCACAUCGAUGGUAUGUAAGCCUGGAGGUCAAAAACAUUCUUCUAGAAUCCGUCUCACACCACAUCUUGCCACAGAUGUUGAGUUCUCCUUGCUUGCAACAAACUGCCAGUCUUGUGAAGGAUUAUCUUAGGUUCAUGGAUGAUCAUUUGAAAGAAUCUGCUGAUCUUACCUGUCUUGCAUAUAGGCACCGUACUUACUCAAAGGUAAUUGAAUUUGUGCAGUUCAAAAAUCGCUUGCAACGCUCCAUGCAGUAUCUUGCUGUAAAAUCUGAUUCUGUAAUACUGAGCCUGAAGCAGAAGUCUGAGUCUCUUGAGGAAGUGGAGUUAGUUUUUUCCAUCCAUUUUGGUGUCUUUGUUGGAUCAUUUAUGGUCUUGGAAGCACAAAAGUUCUUACUAUUGUUAUGGACUUGUGAUUUUACAGAACCAAUUGAUGAAAGUUCGACACCUGCGCGCUUUAGGGCCAAAGUGUGCAAGCACAAAUCUACUGAGAAGGAUGGCCCUAAGAUGAGAGAUGCUGAGAGAAAAUGUCUUGUCCCCCGGCUUGUUUACCUUUCCAUGCAUGGUUGUGUAUCUUCCCUCAGGGAGACUGAGCCCAAUGGGUCUGUUUCUGAUAUCACUGUUGGGGAAAUGAAAACCUUACUUGAGAAAUAUGCUAGGACUAUUGGCUAUUCCAUGGAUGAUGCUCUAAGCAUGAUUCUUGGUAUAUCUUCAGGCAAGAAGUCUAUGAAGGAUUUUGCUCCUGAUAUUGUGAGCUGGAUGAGUUUUGCUGUAUUUAUUAAUGCAAUGAACUUGUGGUCAAAUGAAUCAGUGAUCCCCAGAACUGAUCCGAGCAGCCCAAGUUCUUGGGAGAUUGUGGACAGCUUAGUGAAAAUUUGCAUAGAGGAGCACCUGACUGAUGCCAAUAGAAUCCUAACUUGUCCUGGAAAUAAAAUUCCACUGUUAGUGCAAAUGGUUACAGAACCCAUUUCUUGGCAUCUCAUCAUAAUCCAGUCCUGCAUGAGAGUGGUGGCCCCGCAAGGAAAGAAGAAAAAGAAAAGCGGCCCAUCGCUGCGACCAAACAUGCCUCAGUUGCAAGGAAUUCAAAGAUCUGUUCAGUGCUUGAUUGAAACACUCCGAAGUGUCCAAAAAUGGUUAUCUGAUCAGAUGAGUCCAGAGGAGCAAGGUUUGGAUAUCUUAAUGUCAUAUUUGCAAGGAACUGGCGAUGAAGGUCCAGGACAGACAUUCAGAGUCUUGGAAGAGAAACCAGCAGCACAUGCCUCUGAGCUUGGUGAUCGAAUUGCUCAGUCUCUGGAAGCAUGGAGUUCUACUGGUGUGGUAAGAAGAAUUGUUGGAGCAGAACAUGAGGUGCUAGCCGAGUUCAAGAAAAUGGUUGACUCUAAACUCAAGCUGCUCAUGUCGGAAUCGGCUUCUCUAUCUUCGGUGUUACACUAG